CAGCCAUGUUGCCGCGAGCUUGUUCCGGUAUCAGGGCAGGAUCGUGCGCAUAGACUGCAAUCGGGCGCAGCUCCUCGCCUCUCUCCCCCUGUCGCCCGAGACACGCACCGCCUAACGAGAAAACCCCAGUUAAGCGAUAAUGGAUUUUACAACUUGAUGAUUCCUCCUUCACUCGGCUGGUGUCGGGAAUAAAAGCAGUCGGUGUACCGACAGGACGGACUGGUAUAUCGCCACACUGCAGUGCAGCACUGUUGAACGACCUUAUUCCAAUCACGCAACACAAGGAAGAGCGCCGGUGAUUUCCGUGGAUUUUGAGUUUUGUGGGUUGCUCUGUGGCAGUCACCGCCGCUGCGGCCGCAGGAGGAUAAGCUAACGAGCUAGCUUUGCCUCCAAAGAAACACUGAAUUAACGUUAGCUAGCUACAUGGGCUAAUAUUGACCAGCCAGUUAGCUAGCGCAACAGAUUAAUUCGUGUUUCUCGUCUGCCAUGUGACCAUUUUACAUGGUGCUGCUUUUAUUUUUUGGAUACCCUACCUUGGAUAUCUCGCUGGGAACAUUUUCAAUUGUUUUCUACGAGUUCGGAAGGUCGAGACCUCGCCGGGAAUAACUUUGGCCUGAAAGUUUGCAGACCUCGGACCUGGUUUCCAACCUGAAAGGAAACAUCUCUGCCACAAAGGGAGAAAAACAGGCGUCGACACUGCGUUAUGAAAACGACGCUGGAGAAACAUUUGUUGUAAAUUUCGGCGACAGUCGGGGCUUCCUCAGACGUUAGUUAGCAACCGUACAGGUUAGCAUGCUAGCCACCUAGUUGAACCUUGUCUUGUUCGAUACAACCAUUGCCCCAACUUUUCCUCAAGCUAGCGCAAAUAGCUAGCUGGCCAGAACGUCAGAGCAUCAGUCUUUCAAAAAUGUCAACAAGGCCCCCACUGGUGCAAGUCAUUGAAAACUCGACCGGGCAGGAGUCCAAGUCAUCUGGUCGCUCCAGCAUGCCGCGAUGUCGGAACUCCGUCGCCACGACCGCAUCAGAUGACCAGCCGCACAUUGGUAACUAUCGGUUGCUAAAAACCAUCGGCAAAGGCAACUUCGCCAAGGUCAAACUGGCACGGCAUGUCCUCACUGGAAAAGAGGUGGCUGUAAAGAUCAUUGAUAAGACACAGCUCAACUCCUCCAGUUUGCAGAAGCUCUUCCGGGAGGUGAGGAUCAUGAAGAUGUUGAAUCACCCCAACAUAGUCAAGCUCUUUGAGGUGAUAGAGACAGAGAAGACCUUGUACCUCGUAAUGGAGUACGCUAGUGGAGGAGAGGUCUUUGAUUACCUGGUGGCCCAUGGUAGGAUGAAGGAGAAAGAAGCCCGUGCCAAAUUCAGACAGAUUGUGUCAGCUGUGCAGUAUUGCCAUCAGAAGUGUAUAGUACACAGAGACCUCAAGGCGGAGAACCUGCUGCUGGACGCAGACAUGAACAUCAAGAUAGCAGACUUUGGCUUCAGUAAUGAGUUCACUCUGGGGAACAAGCUGGACACGUUCUGCGGCUCCCCGCCCUACGCCGCCCCGGAGCUCUUCCAGGGAAAGAAGUAUGAUGGGCCCGAGGUAGACGUGUGGAGCCUGGGGGUGAUUCUCUACACACUGGUCAGCGGCUCGCUGCCCUUUGAUGGACAGAACCUCAAGGAACUGAGAGAGCGUGUGCUACGCGGUAAAUACAGGAUUCCUUUCUACAUGUCGACCGACUGCGAGAACUUGCUCAAAAAGUUCCUCAUUCUGAACCCCUCCAAAAGAGGCAGCCUCGAGCAGCAGAUAAUGAGGGACCGGUGGAUGAACGUGGGCCACGAGGACGAAGAGCUCAAACCCUACAUCGAACCCCAGCCAGAUUAUAAGGACCCCAGGAGGACAGAUAUCAUGCUGCAGAUGGGAUUCUCUCAGGAGGAGAUUCAGGACUCGCUGGUGAACCAGAAGUACAAUGAUGUGAUGGCUACAUACCUGCUACUGGACUAUAGGAACUCUGAGCUGGAUGAAAGUGGCAUCAAGCCCCGGCCAGGAUGUGAUGUAAGCAACAUAAACGCCCCCUCCCCGCCUCAUAAGGUACAGCGCAGUGUGUCGUCUAACCAGAAGCCUCAGAACCGCAGAGCCACCGACCAGGGCUCCUCCUACUCUAAGAGGGGUCAAUCAGACAACCGGACUGCAGGGGAGGAUUCUGGGAGGAAAGGUUCAUCGGGCAGCUCCACUAACAAGGUGCCGGCUAGUCCUCUGGUCUCCUCUGACCGCAAGAAGAGCGCCACGCCCUCCACUAAUAGCAUCCUGUCCACCGGUACCGGUCGCAGUCGGAACUCUCCUCUGACUGAGAGAGCCACGCUGGGCCAGGGCAUACAGAACGGCAAGGACAGCCUAAACACUCCGGGCUCCCGCGCCUCUACUGCCUCGGCCGCUGCCGUCCUCUCCUCCUCCUCCUCCUCGCGUCCCCGACACCACAAGUCCCUGUCCUCCUCCAAUCAUCCAUGCCCCUCUGACCUGCACGCACCACGGCCCAGUGCCCCACCUCAGCGGGCGCCCGGUGCCUCACCAUCUGCCCACAACAUCAGCAGCGCCGCUGUGUCAGACCGCACCAACUUCUCCCGAGGGGUGGGCAUCCGCAGCACAUUCCACGCGGGCCAGCAGCGAGGUGCCCGGGACCAGCAGGGCUCCGCCUACCCCGGCGGGCCCGCGUCCCCAUCGCUGUCACAUGGCAACAGCCAGGCCCGGAGGACACAUGGCGCCACAGGGAUUUUCAGCAAGUUCACAUCCAAGUUUGUACGCAGAAAUCUGUCGUUCAGGUUUCCGAGAAGGAGUCCGUAUGAGGGAGAGGGUCGGGAUGAGGGGAGCAGGUCUAUGCUGAGCAGCACGGUGGACAAGUCAGAGAAGACGUCUGGCGGUGUUCUCUCCUCCUCUUCCAACAACGAUGAGAACAACUCCUCACCAGGAUCUGGUAACACUGGUGGCACCGGCACCCCUCCGGCUAUCGGAAGCCAGAAGGACUCAGCCAAGCCUCGCUCGCUGCGUUUCACCUGGUCCAUGAAGACCACGUCGUCCAUGGAGCCCAUGGAGAUGAUGCGCGAGAUCCGCAAGGUGCUCGACUCCAACAGCUGCGAGUACGAGCUGCGCGAGCGCUACAUGCUGCUGUGUGUGUCGGGCAACCCGGCGCGCGACGACUUCGUCCAGUGGGAGAUGGAGGUGUGCAAGCUGCCGCGGCUCUCCCUCAACGGCGUGCGCUUCAAACGGAUCUCAGGCACGUCCAUCGCCUUCAAGAACAUUGCCUCAAAGAUUGCCAACGAGCUCAAACUGUGAGUGCGGAGGAGCAGCGAGGAGAGAUGAGAUUAGGAGGUUGGAGGAGGGAGGGUGAAGGGAGUGAGGAUGAAGAUGCUGUAAGCGGGGCGGGGAACUGUGGAGGUCAGAAGGUAAGCUGAAGGGCGGGAUCACUUUAAAAAUAACACGAUUGUUAUCUGGACAAAGGUCUGACGUAGGGCUAUUGGUUCUCUGAGACUAGAAAACGUUUCUUUUCUAGAAGUUUUGUUCCUUAAGUUCACGAGGCCCUGCCACUAGAAACUCUGAGCUGAGUUGUGAAGUACUUAUAGACCGAGGUCUUCUCUCUUCCCUGCUGUUUUUUUUUUUUUUAUUUGUCACGUUCUACUUAGACGUUCCACUCUUCUGCAUGUCCGAUCUGCUCUCUGUUUUUUAGUAGUCACACUUUGAUCACUUUGACCACUCCUGUCACUUCUUCCUGCUAUUUAUUCAGUUUUUCUGCACGGCUCUGCUGCCAGGUGUUUUUUGGGUGGGAGGGAGGACACACAGAGCGGAGCAAUGGCUGAAAAAAAAACCUUUCUCUCUGAAUCUCUAACAAGUGGCGAUGAUUGACGGGAAGUGCGGAGCCUUACUUUUGCUGGAAAACUCAAACGGAGUUUUGAUUGAAUCUGAUCUCCUCCAAAACUGAAUGGACUCCAACUGAGCCAGGACUAUUGGUCACUGAAGCCCACUGACUCUCUCACACACUCUCACACACUCACACACACUCACACACACUCUUACACACACACACACACACACACACACACACACACUUUGAGAUGGACUUUGGAUGGAGGAACUCUGCUGUUGUUGGUUAAAGGACCCUCUCCACCUGCCCACCCAAAACCUCCCCUCCUGCCCCAAAAUGAACUUUAAAAAAUCCACUUGAUCCAUCCUUUCACCGCCUUCCCUUCCCUUCUCACACACACACACACACACACACACACACACACACACACACACACCACCGCCUCUCCCUCUAAUUUCAAACUGAACUCAGCACAAACACAUCCAUCUGUUUCGCCUCUUCACUCCCUUUUUGUUCCUCAUUUUUAGUUCAAGUCCGAGGAGUCCAGUCAGACUCGGUGUCGAUUGUUUCGGGCUUCCCUUCAAAUCCGUACUUUUGUUAUUUUUGAAAAUUUUUAGUUUCUUCUUCUUUUAUGGCUUUUUUAAAAGAGUUGUGCACUGGAAAAGAGAGGCAAACUGGGGAGGGAAGGACAGUUCGUAGACGGGGGGUUGUUGUCGAUGGAUUUUACGUUGCCUUUCUUUGUAGAUUUAAAUUUGGGUUUUUUUUUUGUUGUCAGCACAUAAAUGCUCGAAUGAUUUUAUUUGUACUUUUUAUUUUUUAUGUUGGUAUCACUUCGGUUGGCAUCACGCCUUCAUAUCCAGAAUGUCAACCCUGAACCGACGCAUUUCUUACCCCCCCUCCCCUCCCCCCUCACCCACUCACCAUCCCCACUCUGCUACACGUGUUCCCAAAGAGCAAACACACAAAAACGGUGUCUUUGGAGUAUGUAACAAACAGUAUGUGUGUGUGUGAGUGUAUUAUAAAAAGAUCACUGGAAAAAAAAAAGAGAAAAAAAAGGAAGAAAAAAAAGGAAGAAUCGACAACGACGACAACGAAUGGUGAAUUAUUUUCUUCUUCUACUUUUGAUUUGAUAAUAUAUUUUUGUGUCGUUGGAAAUUUUUGGGUUUGUACAGAUUUGGAUUUUUUCGGGUCGGGAGGGGAGGGUGGACGGGGGGUGUGAAGGGUCACGUCGGAUCAUAUCAUUGCUGCCUUUUCGGUGUAGUGCACCUUUAACACACACAUUUAACACAGUGUAUCGCAUUAAACCCCAGCCCCGAGCGCAGACAGCAGUUAUCGGUGUAUUUAAAGAUGUUGGUGGUGGUGGUGACGACUACUGCUCGUUCAUUUUCGGCCAUUUUUUCUUUUGUUUUUCAUCUGUCUGUUCUUUUUAAAGGCCUUAUCGGUCCAGAAUGGCUUGAAGCAGAGAGAAAAGACUUCUUCGCCAAAACGUUCUCAUAUCAGAGUUCACGUUCAAAACCAGAAGACGUCACUUCCUUUCUCUCACUUUUACGUCGACGCUCCAGUUUGUCGAAGCAGAAGAAACACAAA